AGUGCAGUACGCAGCAGGAGCAGCAGUGUGGUGCUCUGCUUCCCUAGCUCUGCCUGGCAGGCAAGUCUCAAGUUCAGUGAAUAUCUCUCGCUGCCAGAGAACUUUUCCAUCUUCUUCUGCAAAUGAACACAGCCUAACUGCACCAGGAAAAUGGGUACAGGGGAUUAUAUCUGCAUUACCAUGAGUGGAGGGGCCCCCUGGGGCUUUAGACUACAAGGUGGCAAGGAGCAGAAGCAGCCUUUGCAAAUCGCCAAGGUUCGCAACAAGAGCAAGGCAGCCAAGGCUGGGCUCUGUGAGGGAGAUGAAGUAGUAUCAAUCAAUGGCAAGUCCUGUGCAGACUUAACAUAUUCUGAAGUUAUUAGUCUUAUGGAAGACCUAGCUGAUUCCCUUCAGAUGCUUAUCAAAAGAUCCUCCAGUGGAAUAAAUGAAACCUUGAGCCCUGAAACAGAAAAUGGAAAACAGGAUAACCUAAAAAAUGAGGACUAUAGAGAGAGCACCACACUGCAAAUCAGCACAACCAGGCAAAUGCCCCAUCAGGAAUUUUACAUCACAGGGAUACACAGUGCAGCUCACCAUGGAGCAGAGGAAAGUGACAUGAAUUUUUUUGAGAGAAAACAAGAAAAGGAGACAGCCCAGAGCCACAAAAUUACUCCUAAAGUGAUAGAAACCUCCAGAGUACUCCUGACGGACGGGGCUGCUUUCAGAGACAAGACAGAAGAAAGAAGGCCGGGUGCUCUGCUGGAGCUGCAGUUGUCCCUCUCACAUGACAGGCACAAGGACACCAGUGCUCCUGUUGCAACUGUCUUUGGAACUGAAAAAUGUAGCCCUUCAGAAACAGGACCCAGCGUGCAACAAGAUGGGACUAGCCCUGUAACUGCAGUCCCUCUGGGUGAAAAAGCAGGCAAUGUCCAGUGGUCAAGCAAAGUAUUCCAGAUUGCUAGUGGCAAAGAGGUCAAGACGAGCCAAGGGGCAGAAGCAGCAGAGCCAUCUCUCACCAGGGUGGAAGUGAUCCUGGACUGUACUGACAGGGAGAAGGAAGUAUCCAGGUCUGGAGCUGAAAAGGGGUGUGUUGAUUCUCAAGUGGAAGGAGGGCAGUCAGAAGCACCUCCUUCUGUAGUCUCCUUUGGAAUCUCAUCAGAAGGCACAGAGCCGGGAGAAGACGACCAGCACUCAGAAAGGGAUCACAGCAAACCUCUAAAGCACAGGGCAAGGCACUCAAGGCUUCGCCGGGGUGAGAGCCUAUCAGAGAAGCAGGUGAAAGAAGCCAAAUCUAAAUGUAAAAGUAUUGCCUUGCUGCUGACUGCAGCUCCCAACCCCAAUUCCAAGGGGGUGUUGAUGUUCAAGAAGCGUCGCCAAAGGGCCAGGAAAUACACAUUAGUCAGCUACGGCACUGGGGAGCUAGAGCGUGACGAAGACGAGGAGGAAGAAGGGGAAGGUGAAGAAGGUGACAAAGAAAACACUUUUGAGGUAACUUUGCUUGGAACAAGCGAGUCAGAAAUAGAUGAAGAUUUCUUCUCAGACAUUGACAACGAAGGCAAGGUUGUGACCUUUGACUGGGACACUGGUCUUCUUGAGGUUGAAAAGAAAACAAAAAGUGGAGACGAGAUGCAGGCCCUUCCAGAAACCAAGGGCAAAGGGGUCCUCAUGUUUGCCAAGAGACGGCAGAGGAUGGAUCAGAUCACAGCUGAACAAGAGGAGAUGAAGGCACGUGCAGUGCACACAGAGGAGCGAAGAGAAGCCAGCACAACAGAGAGCUUACAAAAAAUGAGCUCUGCCUCCUAUCACACAAGACAGGAGGAACCGUCAAGGAUGAAGAGCUGUGUGAGCAAAAGUUACAUAGAGAUGGGCCACAGUCAUGGCAAAAUGAUACAACAGAAUGGCAUUGGGGGAACAGAGGCAAGUAUCUCUUUUCAGUCCUUGGAAGCCCAGAAAGCAGCAUCUUUAAAUAGAACAGCUAAACCCUUCCCUGGUGUACAGAACCGAAUAGCGGCACCAUUUUCACCUACAAGAAAUGUGACUAGCCCUCUCUCAGACCUACCGGCACCACCUCCCUAUUCCUCCGUUAGCCCACCACCUGACACCUUAUAUAGGCCAGUGUCAGCUCCUGCGGCUAGCAGAGUUCAACCAGCGGUGUGGUCACCAACAGAACAGAUAGCAUCCAGAGAUGAAAGGAUUGCAGUGCCAGCCAAAAGAACUGGGAUUUUACAAGAGGCAAAGAGAAGAAGCACUGCAAAGCCGAUGUUUACUUUCAAGGAGCCCCCAAAAGUGAGUCCUAACCCUGCCCUGUUGUCCCUUGUACAGCAUGCAGAAGGCAAACGAGGUACUGGAACUGGCUUUGAAUCAGGACCUGAAGAAGACUACCUCAGUUUAGGAGCAGAGGCUUGUAAUUUCAUGCAGAUCCAGGCAUCCAAACAAAAAACCCCUCCUCCUGUUGCUCCAAAGCCCUCAAUCAAAGUCUCUCCUACUGCUGGAACUCCCAUCUCUCCAGUCUGGUCACCUCCAGCUGUGGUUUCUACCCAGCCUUCUUCCUUCCCAACUCCAAACUCACCCCAAGCUGCGGGUCCUCCACCAGUCAGAGCACCUCAGCCUGCUCAUCAUCCUCCCCAACCCCCAAGUACUCUUAACCUAGUGGGUCCUUUUAAAGGGCCUCAAGCAGCAGUAGCAAGUCCGAAUUAUACACCUAAAACACCUACCACACCAAUUGCUGGAGGAAUGGGGCCAGCCUUUGAGAUGCCACCAGCGUUGAGUGGGAAAGGAGCACAGUUGUUUGCCAAAAGGCAAUCUCGCAUGGAGAAGUAUGUGGUAGACUCAGAGACUGUGCAGGCAAACAUAGCACGGGCCUCAUCCCCAACUCCAUCUUUACCAGCCUCUUGGAAAUAUUCAUCUAAUGUUCGAGCACCUCCGCCUGUUGCUUAUAAUCCCAUCCAUUCCCCGUUUUACCCUCCUGCUGCUACCAAACCCCAGUCUAAGUCAACUGCAGUUACUAAAAGCACCAAAAGAAAACCUAAGAAAGUUCUCAAUGCUUUAGAAGUUAUGAAGCAUCAGCCAUAUCAGCUUAAUGCAUCUUUAUUUACUUUUCAACCACCCUCUGAUACUAAGGAAGGCUUAGCUUCUAAGCAAUCAAAGUUCAGCCCUGUGCCUGCCUCAAAGCAAGUUCUGUCUUCAAGACCACUCAAUGCUGGUUCUCCAACUAAUGUCCAGGCAUCUUCAGUGUACUCUGUACCAGCCUAUACUACACAACCGUGGUUCCAGUCAAAUGUUUCCACCCCAGUAAAUGAAUCCUAUGCACCCGUGGGUCACUCCACAUAUUCUAAAUCAGAAUCAGUCACAUCUUCUUUACUUACUGCUCCGAGGCCAAAGUUUUCAGCUAAGAAAGUUGGUGUCACAGCUCAGGAGAGAAGCAGCGGCCGUUCAUUGUCACUUCCUGGGAGACCUUCUUCGCUCACGCCUCGAACCAUGUCACCUUCUUUUCCCGUGAUCUUCCAACCUGCCCCAGAUUACUUCAGCAAACCACCUGGAGCAACUGCCCGGUCUGGCAAGAGAUUAACUCCCUGGGAAGCAGCAGCCAAGUCCCCCCUUGGCUUGGUAGAUGAUGCUUUUGGCCCCCAGAACAUUCAAGAGUCCAUUGUUGCUAAUGUAGUAUCAGCUGCUCGCAGGAAAACACUCCCGGAGCCACCAGAUGAUUGGAAACAGAGAGUUUCUUAUGAGCCUCCAGCCCCAAGCAUUCAUGCUAGCUUAGCCUCAUUUGGGAGUAGGCAAUCUGGUAUCAUAUCCCCACCAAAAAGCACCAUGUCUGCACCUAGCUCCACUUUCCAGCGUGGCACUAGGCUCCAGUAUGCAUAUUAUGGCCAACGAUCCCAAAUAGAUCCCGACAUGAUGUCCAUGGACACCAGGUCUGACUAUGGCCUGUCAACAGCUAACUCACACUACAAUACACAUCCAAGAGGAUGGAGGCACCAAACAUGAAAAGCCUGAUAUAUUCUCCCUUUUUCCAGAUUCAUAAGCCCUAGAUUCCAGUACGAAAAGAAAAGCAAACCUCUCUGGGUGUUUUUUUGCUGGUUUAACAAUCUCUGAAUUGAAGAUAUGAGGAGGCAAUCUCAAAGGGUGAAUAGUUCUCAUGCUGCUUCAGGGCUCUCAGCUUCUAGAAUAGUUUCAGUUUUAUUCCCAGCAUUAGGAUGUACCACAUUUUGUUUUGCUUUGUUUUGUUUGAAAAGGGCAAAUUUUCAUGUGUGCGCCUUUGUGUGUAGGAGGGAAAGCAAAUGACUCAGUACAAACCACAGGCAGGAAAAGUUUAGUUGGAAUGAACAGAAAAAUAUUUACAGAUGAAUUAAUGAAAGAAUAUUAGGGCACUUUUUUAAAAACAGAAUUUUUUAUUCAACUUAUAGAUGUUCUCGAUAUAUUCGACAUCUAACUUUUAAAGUAUUUUUUCCAAUAUAACUCCAGAAUUUGGAAGUGAUUAAUGGUUAUGGUAGCCCAGUUAAUUUCCCUGUAAAAUGUUUUUGUCUUCAGAAAAAGGACUCUAGCAAAAUAAAUUAUUUUACUUUACUAUGAUCAAUCUAAAAGGCAUCUAUAGUCAUGGUAAUUGAAGAUCUGUGACAUCUAGAUGUAUGCUAAUAUCUUCAAACUGGGCAUUUCAGCGAGACUUCAAAAAGAUUUGGGUUGCAAAUAAAUGUGCUGACAAACAGCUGAACAGGACAUUUCUUUGUGAAAUGUAUAAUUUGCUGAACAUUUAGUGUAGCAUAGUCUGUUAUGCUAAAGAGCUGAGUAGCUAUUCUAAGUAUAUGAGUUGAUGAAUAUGUGGAAAGCUUUUGAUUUGUUCUCUCAUUUUGAAGACUGAAAUAGGUUAUGUAGCAAACAGCAAUUUGUGUCCUAUAGAGAAGAUGACAUGUGGAAGAUGGUAUAUGUUACGUGUUAUAGGGUCUGAGUUGAGUAAAGACAGCAAGUAUUUGGUGAUUUGGCUGCAAUAUUAAAUAAAUCUGGAUGGGUUUGAAGAAAUGUAAAUAAGUGCUAUUCUUGGUACUUGCCUUGCAUUUAUAGUUCACUUUAAUAGAAUAUAUAUAUAUGUAUGUAUGUAUGUAUGUAUGUAUGUAUGUACUCCAAGCUUGUUGAGUAGUUUGGAUGCUGUUAAAGUGUGAAAAUAAACCUGCAGGUUCACUGAGAGCAUCGCACCUUCCUCAGGUGCCUGGCAUUCUUCAAAUAUCUGUCAAGCACGGCCAUUUAAAAGUAUUGUUGAAACACUAUUGAAUAGCUCUGCUUAAAAUAUAAGCAGAGAACAUGGAAAAGUGUUCACAGGAAGAAAACAUGUGCAUCAAUCAUGUUACAAAGCAACCUUCUUGUUUUCUUCUUGACUUCUUAUUUACACUGUUUUGCUUAAGCAACAAACUCUCAUGAAUUUAUGAAGAAAAGUGAGGGAGGCGGGGAGGGGGUUCCAAGAAGGAGCUCCAUGCACUUGGUAAUGUAAUGAUACAACAUUGAGGUGCCCAAGCUGCCUCAAACAACCAUCCUUAUGAUCAUCCAUGCACAAUAUCAGAGAGAAUAAUUUGAUACACAAUUUGACACAUUCUUCUCUGGAUCUUGGGGUUUAUUAACCUAUUUCAGCAAAGCUUUUAAGAAUGCAUUUAACGCAGAUUAAUACAUUUCAGUGGAGCUACUGAUAUAGAGCUGCACACGCUUAAAUGUCUAUCUUAGCAUAAAAAGACCAGGGCCAGGUUUCUGUUUUGAAUUUUAUCCUUGAUAUCCAUUAAAUUGGGAACAGGAUUAGUCAGUUCCCAGUAAAUAUUAUCUCUGCCAAAUACAACUGUAUAAAAAAUUGUUUCACUUCUUAGAAUCAGGAGCAUAACUUUGUUUAUUUCCUUUGAAAAUAAUAUUAUGCAUUUUAAUGCCUUUGGAUAACACCAGGAAAUAUGUGGUUAGCAUUAAAACACACCCACUAAAAGAUUGCCAAAGUGUCUGAACUUUAAAACAUUAGAAACUCACAUGUUAUGACACAAAAUUAGACUAAAUAUGGCCCACCCAAUUUUACCAAAAAAACAAACAAAGCAUAAAAGAAAAUUUACUUAUGUUCUUAAGCAUUUAUAGGAUCAACUAUUAAAAUAUAAUGGUCUCCAUAUCACAUACCUAGGAGCUCUGUGAAAAAAUGUGUAACAAGCUAUCUAUCUGUAAAAUAGAUAUACUUUCAUAUAAUUGUUACCUACAUAUAUUUUCAGAGAGAUCCUGGAUAUUUCCAGAUGGAUGCUCUUGUGUAGGUUAUUGUGUACAUUCUGUGUAUAGAUACAGCUUUUCAUGAACAUCCCAUCGAUCAGGACUUUUACACUUGAGAACCGAUUCAACUCCCACUGAGGUCAGAAGAAAGGCUCCUGUUGACUUUAGUGGGACUAGACCAGGUACUCAGGUACCUUUCUCCAAUUUAUGUGUUUAACUCGCAUGGAUUGAGAAAACCCAGAAAAAUUCUCACUGAAUUUAUUACUUCAAAUGUAAUCAGCGAAGGGGAGUUUAAUCUGAGUAAAGCCUGUCGUAUGACUUUCCACACAUUACACAGUGUAGACAGAUAGCUGCGUGUUAUGGUGGCUGUGUCACUUGUGCUGCCUUAAGUUAUGGUAAACCAGCGUUGCCUAAAUGGAACCCAAAGAUUUGUCACAAACAUUAUGAUACUGGGGAGGAAGACCAAUUUAUAAAUACAUGGAGUUAAAAUAAAAGUUAUACUUAUUAUUCUCAUGUAUUGAUAUAUAGGAAUUCAGUUUCCUAGAGGGAAAACAGGUUCAGGCAUUAUUCUCCCUUUGUGUCAAUGGGGUUUUGUCAUUGACUUCAUCCCCAGGUACUAGCUAAUAGUAUAAUGCGCACAGGGCUUUAUGAGGCAUCACUCUGCACUUUUCACUAUUUUUCUCCCCACCCCACUUCUUUGCAAAUUAUCUUUCCAUCAAGUCCACAUGGCCAUUUUAUGUGUAAGUUCUGAAUAUUCAUUCAAGUAUUUCUGACAUUUGGUCAUUUGUGAGUGCACAGACCUAUACAGUUGAUGUGAGGAAAAUAGCUCUAAUAUUUAAGUACCUGUUAUUUACUUCUAAACAUACCGUUAAGCCUCAAAGAUGUCUGUGUUAAUAUAUGGAGGAUGUGACAAGCAAGUAUAACUGACAGCUUAGUUUCUGCUGUUAUACUAGAAGGUAGAUGUUCACAUUUGUUGUUCAUAAUUAGUUACAUGUUGGUUAGCUUUAACACAUUUACUUACCUAUUCACACUUUUUUUUUCCAUAGUAAGAAAAGUCUAUGCUAUCCUUAUAAUUGGAUUUUCAUUUUCAUAUGCUAUUUGUUCACUGCAAAGGACACUUUAUUUGAAGAAUGCAUGCCUGAGUUGUAAAUUGUAUCAUUUAAUAAAACAAUUUUACCAACCAGAUGAGAAA